AUGUACCACGAGGGCGGAAUCAUCCUGCUGCUCCAGAUCAUCUGCAUGGUCAGCACCGUCAUCAUCUACGGCUGGAUCCGCGACUUGUUCAAGCGCGGCAGGGACUCCGACGCACAGGUGGGAGAGUCAGCACGGACAACGGAGGAGUUCAAGAUGGACCUCGAGGCAUCAUCCGCCGACGGGUGCGUCGCGUACGAAGUCAAGCGCGGCCGAGUGCCCACCGCCCAGCUGCUGGCCCAGGAGGCCGAGCUCGCCCAGAAGUCGGGCGCCGAGAAGGUCAAGGUCAUCACGAGCGGCCCCACCUCGAUGGUAGACGGCGUGCUCGCCAGCGCGCGCGAGGUCGACUGGAAGCUCUUCGACACCGAAGUGUUCUCGUUCGAGUUUUAG